CUAGCACUGGCUAAUUUCGGGUAUCUCCAUUUUUCUCGGAAGUGCCGUGUUUUGUACAAUUUAUAUGUGCAAUUUGAACAUCCGAACUAAUUUUUCUAUUUUUUCCAAAAGCGAAUACAGAAUCAGUGAACGAAAAUGGGGCCUUUUACCGGAACCGGAAAUAAAUUUACUUUGCUGAUUCGAAGGAAGUGACGCUUUGUCACAUAAUAUCCACGUUUUGUUCACACCUUCGGCUGGGCACAUGCGACACGAUCGGCUUCAGCAUGGCGGCUGAGAAUUUGCAACUCGAAGCAGCUUUCUUGGCAUUCAACGCCGAGUUUGCAAGGAAUGGAUUUGGACAGGCGCCCGCAGGACUUCUAGGUAUUCUGAGGCAUUUUCGCCUCCGAGAAGGGGAGAAAGUUAACGAAGGCCGCGCCAGGCUUUACAAGCGCCUCUGGUGCUUACUGUGGUUUGGAAGUAAGAAGACAUUGGGGGCCGGCCUUCCGCGAUGGCCGACGUACGUUUACCCGGAGAGCCUGAAAGCGAUCGUCAGGCUCAUUGUUCCGGGUAGCGUACAAGAUUUUGAGGACCCGGACCACGAUUCGGUAUACAAGAUCAACAUUGCAAUUUUGGCCGAGGCAAAGUGGCCAAAGACGAAGUAGAAACGAGAUGAUUCGAAUCUAUUUUUAUUGAUUUUAUUGAUUUAUCUACAUUGUAUUAGUUACUUUUCUAUAAAAAAGUGUUUUCAAUAAACCCAUAAAAUACAGUUUUAGUUAUGUCUGUGUUAGUUAGAUAAAAAGAACCAAGACUAGAACUGAAAAACAUGUAAAUGUCUGACACUGACCAGCCUCAUUUUCAUGUAUAAACUUGACUAGAACAUCUAUCAUAUUUUGUAUGCUGUAUAAAGUGUAUAAUAAACUUGAACAUGUUGUGUAA